UACCCUUCUUCUCCUAAAGCCCUAGUCCCAUAGUACUAUCUUUUAUCUGCCCGAAUGAGCUCAGAAACAGAGGAGGGGAGGGCAUGUCAUGAAUUCCUGCCACAUCAAUGCACCUCCCUCUUUUUGCAAUUUGCCUAUUCUUCUUCAAGUACCAACCCAAAGUUCUUACCAUGAUCGGCUCUUGGUAUUCUAGGAACAAUGCACCUACCCUGCGACUCGGUUGGGAAAACUUUAAUGUCCUUUCUAUUUUCUUUUAAUUCUGAACUAUUGAAAUAGAGAAUGGUAAGGGCAAACACUUUUUGGAGAUUGGAGAAUUAGGGUUUUUAAGCAACCUAGCCGAAAGGGGUUCUCUCCAUCUCUCUUGCAAGGUUCUGGCGGCUCAGUUUUCAUCAAGCUCCUGUAAAGUUAUGGGAACACGGGGUGGUAAGUGGGCCGAUGAAGAGUACUCUGUCAUUGGAGAUGAAGCUGAAGUUCCGGUCAUUGACUAUGAGGAUGACAAAUCUGUGUGUAGUUAUAAUCCGAUUGAGGAAGGCCCAGUCAUAAUUUCUGUCCCAUUCCCUUUUGUGGAUGGAAAGCCUCAAUCAAUUAUUGUGGGGGAAACUGCUGUGGAUUCAAUCACCAUCACAAACUCCACUGAAGAUGCCGUGGACCUUUGGACUCAAAUUUAUGCUUCAAAUCCUGAGGAUUCGUUCACACUUUCUAUAAUGAAACCACCAUCACCGGGUUCUGAUGUAAACAGUGUCCGAGGCUUUCUGGAGGCUUUUAAGUUAGAGGAUAGAAUGGUUCAGCAGGGAGAGACUCAAACACUAUGGCUUUCUUGCAAACCAAAGGCAAUUGGCUUGCACACUUCAAUUGUGCAUUUGGAUGUGGGAAAUGAUAGGAUAGAGCGAGUGGUCUUUCUCUUGGCUGAAGAUAAAAUAUCCCAAUCCUUGGCAUCACAGAAGCCUUUUUCUUUUUCAAAAGGCAGGCGAAAUAAACAUUUUGUUGUUAAUAACUUUGUGGGGGGUUCUCGUCCCACAAGGCCGACAGACCGAAGUUUCAAGAAUCGGCUUCCACGGUAUGAUAUUCCAAUGGAAAUUCGAGAAAUGAUAGAGAACAAGCAGAUCCCUGAUGUCAUCUGUGGAGGUCUAACAUUUGACACUUAUGCUUCUUACUUUAAAAAUCUACUGGUUGUGGAAGAAUUACAGAUGGAGGAAGAUAUGCGAAGUCACAACAUGGAGUCUGUUGCUAUGAGGAAGAAGGGACCUUUUCUCACCCUUGAGGUCCCUGGGUUGGCUGAGAAAAGGCCCUCCCUUGUCCAUGGGGAUUUUAUUUUUGCCAAGCUUGCUUCUGAUGUAGAUGACAUUCCUCCAUAUCAGGGCUACAUCCAUCGUGUCGAGGCCGAUGAAGUGUAUUUGAAAUUUGCUCCGGAAUUUCACCAACAUCAUGCAGGCAUCAACCUUUACAAUGUACAGUUCACAUAUAAUCGGAUCAAUACAAGGAGGCUUUAUCAGGCUGUUGAUGCGGCUCAGGGGUUAGCAACAGAAUUUCUAUUUCCAUCUGACACAUCUGAAAGGAGGCUGAUUCAGGAAUCUCCUCUGGUACCCAUUUCUUGUACUCUUAAUGAGGAGCAGAUGCAUUCCACUGCUAUGAUUCUUGGGUGCAGGGGAGCUCCACCUUAUGUGAUAUAUGGGCCUCCAGGUACAGGAAAGACUAUGACACUUGUGGAAGCCAUACUUCAACUCUACAAAUCUCGAAAGAAUUCACGUAUUCUAGUAUGUGCGCCUUCCAACAGCGCAGGGGACCAUUUGCUGGACAAAAUUCUUUCAGAAAAGGCUGUUGAUCUUCGUGAAGAAGACAUAUUUAGGCUUAACGCCUCUUCUCGUCCAUAUGAGGAUGUCAAGCCGGAUCAUAUCCGAUUUUGCUUCUUUGAUGAGUUUGUCUUCAAAUGUCCUCCACUUCGUGCUCUCACAUGCUAUCGAAUCAUUAUAUCUACUUACAUGAGUGCAUCUCUUCUUCAUGCGGAAGGUGUUGAAAGAGGCCACUUCUCUCAUAUUUUCUUAGACGAGGCUGGCCAAGCUUCAGAACCAGAAAGCAUGAUCUCUAUCGGCAACUUCUGCCGAAGGAAGACAGUUGUUGUUCUUGCUGGAGACCCCAUGCAGUUAGGCCCAGUAGUAUUUUCCAGACAUGCAGAGACAUAUGGAUUGGGAAAGUCUUACUUGGAGAGGCUGUUUGAGUGUGAACCUUAUAGCAGCGAAGAUGAAAAUUACAUAACAAAACUGGUCCGAAAUUACCGAUCUCACCCAACAAUUUUGGAUCUCCCUUCGAAGCUGUUCUAUCAAGGGCAUUUGAUGGCAUGCAAAGAUGAUACAAGUUCAUUCAUGACUUCGGUGAACUUUCUGCCAAACAAGGAGUUCCCUGUUCUUUUCUUUGGCAUCCAAGGCUGUGAUGAAAGGGAGGGAAAUAAUCCAUCAUGGUUUAAUCGAUUUGAAGCAAGCAAGGUAGUGGAAAUUAUCAAGAAGCUGACCAUGAGCAGUGAUGUAAGUGAGGACAGUAUUGGGGUCAUUACACCUUAUCGGCAGCAAGUACUUAAACUGAAGAAAGCCCUUGACAAUUUGGAUAUGCCUGGUAUCAAGGUUGGAAGUGUUGAACAAUUUCAAGGACAAGAAAGGGAAGUUAUUAUUAUAUCUACUGUUCGUUCCACAAUAAAACACAAUGAGUUUGACAAAACCCACUGCUUGGGAUUUUUGAGCAAUUCAAGAAGGUUCAAUGUGGCUAUUACCCGUGCCAUAUCGCUGCUUGUUAUUAUUGGGAAUCCACACAUAAUCUGCAAGGACCAAUACUGGAAUCAGCUUCUUUGGUAUUGUACCGACAACAACUCUUACGAAGGUUGUAAGCUCCCCGAAAGAGAGGAGUAUGGCGGCAGUGAUUACGUGGAAGACAGUUCCUUGAACUACUACGAAGGGGGAAAAACUCAGCCCGCUGAAGAAGCUGAAUGGGGCCAAGAUUCCUAUGAGAUCCCCAAGCCUGUUACAGAUGAAUGGGGCCAAGAGUUCUCUGAGAUCCCCAAGCCUGUUACAGAUGAAGCUGAAUGGUCUGACGGGUGGAAGUAGAAUCUGCUCCACAUCUGUUUUGCAGAGCAAUAUUCUUGUCUUUCCUUCUGCUUCUCUCUUUUCUUUGGUUCAAUUUCCUGAGAAUUAGACAGUGGUUCUAUUGAGGGCUGAUUUGAUUGGUGAAACAGGAUCAAUGUAGUCAAACCUUUUAGGGUUGGAGUCAUAACUGUUUCCGGCAUGAGGUGCAAAAGUUGUGUGUACCAUUAAAUCAUAUCAAUAUUCUAUGAUGUAAAUUGCUUAUAUAUGUAUGCUUGCAAUUGGAAAGGUAGAAUGAAAAGAGUGUAUGAAGUACACUA